AGUAUCAAAAAAUUCGCCACGAAUUAAACGAAUUAGGUUAUUAUCAAACAUUUUCAAAAGAUUCCAUACAUUUAGUCGAUAGAUUAUUGGGUGACCUAAAAACAACUACACAAAGCCUACAAAAAUACAUGAAAAUUGCCCAGGAUGCAAUUGAGGAACGUGACAGUUUGCAAUUGGGAGCUGAACCUUAUAAAUGUGAUAAUGCUAAACUGAUUAAAGAGUGCAACGAAUUACAUUUAUCAUUUUUACAAUUUAAGGAGCAAAAUGAGAAGAAACAAAAAGAUCUAAAAAGGCAAGUUAAUAGGUUGGAGCAAGAAAAAGAAGAGCUUGAGGAAGAAAAGGACAAACUAAGAAAGCGAAUUACCGAUUUGGAAUUGGAUAUUGUUGAUCAGGGGAAUAUUAUAAGUGGUAUUAGUAAAAAUAGACCAAAAUCGAGUAUUAGAAGUAAGUCUACAUCAGGUACUAGUAAAAAGUGCAGUGUGGAAUUUUGUCCCACAAUGGCAGCAUCGGAUUCAAAAAUAAAAUCCCUAUCAAAAAUUGUAAAGGAGUUAAAAGACUCCAAGUUAAAGUUAUUGGAUAGGGUGCAACAAUACGAAAACCAAGUAUCAAGCCGUGAUAAGGAAAUAGAAAGACUCAUGAGUUUGGUGGAAGGUGGAAGAUCAAUAGAUGUUCUAAACAAGGAGUGUUGUUACAAAGAUAUUGAUAAUCGUUCUAAGGCUCUGCACGAUCACAUACACAAGUUAAAACAUGAAAACACUGAGCUGGAAAACAAUUUGAAAGAAGCCAUAAAUAAACAACAUGAAGCAAUGAGGAGGGCUUUACAUUUAGCUGAAAGAAAUAAACAGCUUGAAAAAGAGUUAAAGGAUAUCGACCAAAUUGCUCUGGCUGUUGAAGCUGAAUGCAAUGAUGCUGUACAAGAUAAGGCAGAAACUGUUACAAGAUUGCAAGAUCGAGUGAAUGAGUCUGUUAUCAUGAUACAAAAUUUGGAAAGGGAAAACGCAAAACUUCGCCAGGAUAAAAUUGAGCUAUCCUCAGACUUGGAUGCUAUUAAAAUGGAGAAAAUUCAUUUGCAAAAAAUACUUGACAGAGAAGUAGAGGAUAGAAAAACAUUAACUAACAAACUAAAUAAUUUUACAAUAAUAGAACAUGAUCUUAAUAUGGAAAUAGACAGAUUAGUUAGAGUAUCAGCGGAACACAAACGUAGAAUAGCAGAAUUAGAAUGUUUAAUAUCAUCUGAAAAACUCAAACCAUUUGAAUAUAAACCGCCAAGCUUUCCAACUUAUCAACCGCGAGACACCGUAGACCGAACAUCGCGAACGGACAUCCACGAAGUUCGUCAACCGGCGGACAGAUCCACCGGCCCCGCCGAGAAACCGGAAGUAAAACGUAAACCUUCCCCCGUGAAAAAACCUCUCUCUUCGCACGGAAAACAGUCCACUGGUAAAACGACGACCGCGUACAGCAACAAAUACGGCGCCAAAAGGGACCACAAACCGACUUGCAAGAAAUCGUCGUCUUGCGCGACCGAAAGGAUCGAACGCGAGAUCUCGACCUCGAAAGUUGUCGAACGCACUUCGGACGCGCGGUCGUACGAUACGAAGCAAUCGCAAGCUUUUUGCGGGUCGGAUUCUUGCGUUAAACACAUGAGGGAGCUGUUGGAUAAGGAAAUGGAGUACAGGCAAGCUCAGAAUCUUCAACUGCUGGAGACUGUAAAGCAAGAGAAAGAGUACUACAUGAAAGAAUACCAAAAACUGAUAGACGAUUUAAAAAAUAGAUCGUUUGAAGGCCAAACUGACAAGUAUCCCGAGCUAAAACAACAAAUUUCCCAACUAGAAACCGAAAUCAGACGUUUGAAAGACGAAAACCGUCAAGUUUUAACCGGUAGAUCCCAAACUGUGUACAGCAUGGAGUCUUUGGACUCCAAGGACAUGAACCAGAGGACCAUAAAAAGACAAGAACGUGAAAUAGAAAUGCUCAGAAGUGACUUGAAAAGAUUGGAGGAUGAAAGGAAUGACUUACGCAGAAGAUAUCAGGAAAUCGUGGAUGAAAGUGAUAAAGAACGAGAACGUGUUAAAAGCGCCUUCAAAGAGAUGCAAAGUCACAUAGACAAAUUAGAAGACGAAAGAAAAGAACUUAUAAUUGCUCAGGUCACUCAAAGAUCAUCAGUGCACCAUCUGGAGGGCAACCAGAAAACUAUACAGGAACAACUGAGAAAAAGCGAGGAAGAAUUGCGUGUCACUAAGGCAAAUUACCACCUACUAAAGAAUAUUCAUGAUCAGUCGGAAAGAUCGGUUGUCGAUUUGCAGAAUCAGCUUCUUAGAAGCGAAACUGAUCUUUCGAAUUUAAAGAUGAAAAUAAAGUCGACUGAUAAAAUGAACACUGCCAGUGAAACUGAAAUAGCUGCUUUAAACAGUGACGUGCAUAUUAUGAAGCAACAGUUAACCAAAUUGGACCGGGAAAAGGAUGAAUUAUUGAACUCUUUGGACGAAAAAACCGAACGAAUAGCAUCUCUGGAAGAACAACUUAAAUGCAAAAACAAAAAUAUAACAUGCCUGGAAAGCGAAAUAAACGAAUUGAGGAAAAAAAUAAGUAUGUUUGAAGACGAAAAUAUGCAAAAGCAAGGCGAAGUAAGAAGCUCUAGGCAAGAAUUAUCAUCGCUGCAUAGUGAACUAGACACCGCUAGAAAAUCUAAAGAGGCUCUUUGUAGAGAAAAUCGACGACUCCAAGAUGAACUUACAUCUGUUACCUUGGAUUGUAAAGAAGCCAGAACAGAACUAGAAUGUGCCAAACGACAAAUCGAAGAUUUGAAGACUCAGCUUCAAAUAUAUGUCACUGAGAUAAAGAGAACUGAAGACCUUAUAUCCCAUAAAGAAAUUGAAAGAAACGAGAUUCUAGACCAAUUCAAGUGUUUAUCCCAGGAAGCUGUGGUCUUAGAGAGCAACAACCACAGUCUAGAAACUGAAGCUAACCAAAACAAGGUGCAGCUGAGCGUGGCUCUGGAUCACACAGCUGAAUUGGAAACGCGAAUUGAAGACCUGGAAUCCAUAAUCAAGAGCUACGAAAAACAAAUUGCCGAACUGACAAGCCAGAUGGCGUACUAUGAGAUUCAAGCAAAGCAAAAGGGUUCAGAUCAGGAAAGGUCCGCGGACGAGGCGAAGCAAAUGCGCGAUUUGUGUGUAAAAAUGGAUCACGAGAAAGAUAAUAUGCAUAGGGAGAUGCAAAGGAGAGAUGAUGAUAUUAUGAAGAUUCAGAGGAGUUUAGAGCGAAUAAGAAACGAAAACAAAGAUCUGCAGUGUCGAUUAAAUAUCGAUAGGGAUAAUGCCGACGGUUUGGAAAAAUUGUUGAACGAAGCUAGGCAGGACAUCAUACAACAAAGGCUUGAAAAUCAGGAUCUUCAAAGGGAAAUCGAACGAUUCAAAACUGAUAUGGCUGAUAUGCAGGAAAGACUCGUUUCCACCACGGAACAGCUGGAAAUAUACCAGGACAAAGCGUUGGACUACAGCCAACAAAAUAAACAGUUGCGUAGGGAAAUGGCGGACGAAAGGUUUUCGAGGGCUCGAGACGGUGCCUUGUCUUAUCGCGAUGACACCAAACAUUUUCCGUCACUAUAGAUUAGUAUUUUUAUUUUUUAUUUUAUCUAGGAACUAAGUUUUAAAAGUAUCCCGAACUGUUUUAAAUUUUAACAUAGUAUCCUCCACAGCAAAAAGGUACACUGAGGACAACUUGUUUCUGUACUACUUUUUUAUUAUAUUGUUUAUAGUUUUGCCAUUUAAAAGUAAAAAAAACUAUACUAUUUUAUCUCAUAUUAGUUCAUUAUUGUGUUUUUAUUACUUAAAAUCUAUUGAAUUAUAAAAAAGUUUAAUACAGCGUUUCAUGCAAUAAGUCUACGUUAAAGUAAGCAUGUUUUUGACUUUUGCAUUAGGGCAACUGUUUUU